AAGGACAGAGUCCAGGGCACAGCACUACACUACACCAGCACUUUAAAAUUGCAGGCCAAACUUUUGAGGCACAGAGAUGACGCAGCUUGGAUAUACUGCCGUUCUGGUAUUAUGGGCGUGCUCCACUGCAUUAGCUAUUUCAUGUGGUAACAUAGAAAAUGGGAGGGUAAAGCCAAGUUUCUUCUUCCAGAGAAGAAAAAGAACAUUUGAAUGUAAUGCCGGGUAUAUAGCAGAAAAUGACAACAACAGAAUUGAGUGUACUUCUUCAGGAUGGUCUCCUGUACCCAGAUGCAUUCCAAUACAAUGUGGAAGGAUAGAAAAUGGGAAAAUAGUGGACAAAGUUGAAGAAAAAACAACCUUUCGAUGUAAUCAUGGAUAUAAAUCUGAAAAUGGAAUUAAUGAAACUACCUGUUCCUCUGAAGGCUGGUCUCCAGUACCUAUAUGUAUUGUUCAAGAGUGUCCACAUCCACCUGACAUCGAUUUGGCAGAAAUUGUCAGUGGGGAGAAAGCAGAAUAUCGGGAGGGUGAUGUUGUUCAGUACAGGUGCUACCCAGGAUGUACUCUGGCAGGAUCUGAAAGGAUAACAUGCAAUGGAGAAAAAUGGACACCUCCACCAAAGUGCUUGGCUCCAUGUAUUAUCACAAGGCAACAAUUGGAAACAAAAAAAUUGCUUCUGUCUAAUGGCCGAAGACGUACAGUAUUGAUUCAAAGUGACCAAACAAUGGAAUUUCUAUGUGGUGAACAUUCUGACCUUAAAAUCCCUAUCAUCAAGUGUGUAGAUGGGCGUAUGGAUUUACCAACUUGUAUAUCUGGAACUGGGGAAAAGUGUGGCCGUCCACCUACUAUUGAGAACGGAGACAUAACUACUUUAUCCCUAAAAGAGUAUGCAUUUGGCUCUUCGGUAGAAUACAGAUGCCAGCAUUAUUACAUAAUAGAAGGAAACCGGAAAUCAUACUGUUACAAUGGAAUCUGGACAAAAGUACCAGUUUGUUUAGAGCCAUGUGUUAUCAUGCAAGAAGAUAUGAGAUCACGCAACAUAGAUCUAAAGGGGGAGUCAGCUCAAAAACGCUAUGUGUCACAUGGAGAUUUUGUAGAGUUUAAGUGUAGAUCCAGUUUCUUUCCAAACUCUUCAAAUAAUUAUAGAGUGCAGUGUAAUGCGGGCCAAAUACCUUAUCCCCAAUGCACUUAGAGAUGUGUGAAUGUAGGAGACUUCAUCACAUGUGAAUGCCCUUGAAGCAUCAGUGCUGUUGACGUCUUACCUAUAAAAGCAAACAUAGUUGCUGUUAUUCUUUACAAUAUGAAGUUCACAGAUC